AUGAAAAUGGCGGCGAGUCAGGGAGGUGUAGGUCCCGCUGCGGCUCUUCAGAGCCAGCAUUAUCCUAACGUCGCUCACUGGAUCCCGAGCGUAAUGCAACAGCAGCAGCAUCCGCUGCACACCGCCCGCAGUCUGGAGCGCGCUUUGGAGGAUGCCGCCUGCUCGGGGAUGCUCAACAUAAGCGGCAGAAAACUGCGCGAGUACCCGGGGCUUAACUACGAUCUGACCGAUACUACACUAGCAGACUUGUCAAGAAAUCGUUUUUGUGAAAUCCCUCCAGAAGUUUGUAUGUUUGCACCCCUGGAGUCAUUAAACCUAUAUCACAACUGCAUAAAGGUCAUUCCAGAGGGCAUUAUUAACCUACAGAUGCUUACCUACCUGAACAUCAGUCGAAAUCAGUUGUCCAUUCUCCCCAAGUAUCUCUUCAAUCUUCCUCUGAAAGUGCUGGUGGUCAGUAACAACAAACUCCUGUGUGUUCCCGAUGAGAUCGGCAAGGCAAAAGACCUCAUGGAACUGGACAUCAGCUGUAAUGAGAUCCAGGUGCUUCCUACUCAGAUGGGGAAGCUCCUUGCAUUACGAGAGCUCAACAUACGAAGAAACUUCCUUCAAGUGCUGCCAGACGAAUUGUCCGAUCUGCCGUUGAUCAGGUUGGAUUUCUCCUGUAAUAAGAUCACUGAAAUUCCUUCAUCUUAUCGCAAACUCAAGCAGUUACAGCACAUCGUUCUUGACAACAAUCCCAUGCAGUCUCCACCCGCACAGAUCUGUCUUAAAGGAAAGAUUCACAUCUUUAAGUAUUUAAACCUGCAGGCGUGUCGCCUAGAUAAGAAACCAGACACACUCGACCUGCCCUCUCUCGGAAAACGCUGUUUACCUCAGCAGCUGACAGACAGCAUGGAAGAUUUUUAUCCUAGUAAAAAUCAUGGUCCUGACUCAGGGAUUGGCAGUGACAAUGGUGACAAAAGACUUUCGACCACAGAGCCAUCUGAUGAUGACACUGUGAGUUUGCAUUCCCAAGUGUCUGAGACAGCGCGGGCAGAUGCUCACACACUUCUGACAAAGCUGGACUCAAACAAAGACCAGGAUCCAUACGAUUUUAUUGACCCAAAUCCAGAUGAAGAGGCUCUUUCUGAGGGAGACACUCAAAACAAUGUACCCUAUGUGUCAUGUAUAAAGGAGCUUGAAAGGGUUCUGAAAACACACCAAAGCAAAGACAAAGAGAACUGGAAAGAAGAGUUUGGCUCCGAGAAAGAGCACCUAGCUGAGGAAGAUGAAGAUGACCUGAAGGAGGUGUUGGACCUGAGGAAGAUCGCAGUUCAGCUGUUACAGCAAGAGCAGCAGAACAGGCGGCGGUCCUUAAUAUGUAGGGCAGAGAGUCUAAUACAUCGUAGAAGAGCAGCUGGCAGAGCUCACAGAUUUCUCAGCCACUCCGGUAGCAGCACCAAAUCGAGAUCUCCAUCUCAGACUGUUAGAAGUGCAUCAUUAGAUGAGGGAAGCAGCUCCGCAUCUGCUCUCAGUGGACAGGAGACUGAUCUCACUGAUGAAGAUGCAGCUUUUUUUGAGCCUUCCUCCUCUUGCUCAUUUGAUGGAAGUUUAAAAUCAGACGACUCUGAACCAAGAUGGCCAGAGGUUCCUCCUGUGCUUAACCAGAAUGAGGACCGCAGAAGAAACAAAUAUCUGAGAAAGGACUACCUGAAGUAUAAGUGCCAAAGUGCCCGAAGAAACUCCAGUGGAAAUGACAAUGAUUGUGAGGAGGGAAUGCGUUCUAAUGACUUCACCACAACCCUCACAGUCUUUGGUCUUAAACCGAGAACAGCGUUCACCCGUGGAAAUCGCCAAGACAUCAGCUCCACAGACCCAAGCUUCACUAUGAGGAGAAAGAUGGAGCACAUAAGGGAGGAGAUGGAGCAGAUCCGACUACUGCGGCAGAACCUGGAGUCUAGAUUAAAGGUUUUGUUGCCAGAUGAUGUCGGUUCAGCUCUCAUGGAUGGUGUUGUGUUGUGCCAUCUGGCCAAUCACAUUCGCCCCCGUUCUGUGGCCAGCAUUCAUGUGCCCUCCCCUGCAGUGCCGAAGCUGAGUAUGGCCAAGUGUCGGCGAAAUGUUGAGAAUUUCUUGGAUGCGUGUAAAAAGCUUGGAGUGCCACAGGACAAAUUGUGUUUGCCACAUCAUAUCCUAGAGGAACGAGGACUGGUUACAGUUGGUGUCACCGUACAGGCAUUGCUGGAUCUUCCAUCGUCAAAACCCAACCAACUUUCUACCAUGUAGCAUUACUGGACCAUGGGAUAUCCUCUAGGAUCCCUUUACCCUGCCUUACCACCUCAUUCUCACUCGAGCCCCAGAAAACCUCUUAAUGCUGAUCUGUGUGACCCUUUAUGGGGAGGUCACGACCUUUCAUCCUAUACAGUUCAGCCUCUCCCCCUACCUCUUAUAUGCCCUCAUAGAGGGGACUAGACAUUUUAAAGGAUGCUCCAGUAUCGUUGGGAGAAAAGCCACACAUUGGCAAGCAGGCCAAAAAGAACCUACGCUGCAGACCCCAUUCAGGACAGCUAAUGCUUGAACAUAGUGGAUACAAGGGAAAAUCUGUUGCUGUUCUAUGAGUGACUGAAAAUCCAAAUCUUUUCUUCUUUGUAUCUCCUCUUCACAUUUGUUUUUCUCUUGAACCGGUGAGCCCAGAGGGCGAGGACAGGAGGAAAAUAUGCAGCUUAUAGGCUGAUUAUGGAUCAGAGUGAGGGUGUAGCCCAAAGUCACCCGACCAAUUUUCUCCUAUAUGAAGUCACAAAGAGCUGUCAAUCAACUCCACCCAAUGCCAAUUCACAUUUCAUCACAUUCACAUAAUAUGUGUCACAAUAAUGAGAGACAUGUAAUGUGUAUGUAAUCGUAACCAGACACAAAGGGCAUCUGUAAAUGACGAAAAGAAAACAUAUUCCAUGUAAAACGCACGGCUGUAUAGCUGCAUUUAAGGUUAGUUAUUACUGUGGCAACAGGCAAUGCAUUACAAAAUGUUCAUUACCGACUGCAUGUCUGAGCAGAUGUGUUAAACAAAGGUAACUCACAUGCCCGAACAAGACAAAGACUUGGCAACGUGUAGUUGUACGUGCCGGUUUUUGCCAGUGUUUUUUUUAUUAUUAUUGUUUUAAUGUAUAUUUCCACGUGACAAUUUAUUUUAAUAUUUAUUUUUUCUUUAACAGUCAGUGCCUGCUGCAGAAAUUCCCAACAUUCAUUUUUGGGGGAAAAAAUGUAACAAGAAAUUACUGAAAGUGAUCGAAUUACUUUUUUUGAUGUGCAGGUGUGUGCGAAUGUGAGCUUUGGCACAAAAAACAAGACACUUAAAAUCUUUGCCGUACUUUGUUUUCACAUUCAGUUGCAAGAGUCGCUCACUGCGUCCGAAAUCGUGUACUGUAGCAGUACGUACUGAAUUAGAUGAAGUACCUACUGCAUUAUCGUUAAAAUAACACAUUCUAUGUUGUAUGCAUGGGUGCAAUAUGAAUACAUUUUCUUUGACCUAUGAUGUAAUCAGAAUGCCUGGUAUGGGCUGUUUAACAAGUACAAUUAACUCUUUCCCCCGCCAGCAUUUAAAAUAAACGUUAUCAGCCACCGCCAACAUUUUUUUAUGAUUACACGAAAGUUUAAUGCCCUCAAAAAAAACAUAUUUAAAUAUAUGAACAUACAAUAUACUAAAUGAAACAACAGACCCUCUGGUUUUAAACAAACAAACAAAAAUCCUUUCUUCGUUUGUUCUCUUUUUAUCACUUCUCAAAUAUGGUUAGGUUUUUUCAAAAAUACCAAAUCUUUUGCAAAAAGCUGAGAUAAUUGCAUUUUUGUUAGAGAUCAGAUUUACUGCUUUUGGAUCAGUGUAUGCCAGUGGUCUCCAACAUGGUGCCCACCAGGUUGCCCGCACAGAGUCUGUGAGAUGCCCACCAGAGCAUAUUCUAUUAAUAGUCUCAAUUGUAUUAUUUAUUUAUUGCAUAUUUUAUUUUAUUUUAUGUAUAUUAACAUUUAAACAAUGAUAAAACAUAUCAACAAGUAAAAUAAAAUAGAAUCAACAAGUAAAACAAAAACGUUUUGAGUAGAUAAAUAUCAAAAAGUAGCCCUCCAGAUAACUUUAUCCAUUGUGGUAGCCCUUGCUCAGAAAAAGGUUGGAGACCCCUGGUGUAUGCUACAGUGUUUUAUCAUUUGGGUAAGAGUGCCACCUAGUGCAUAAUUGCAGAAAUAUGGAUUGCUGUAAAAUCAUGUCUUUGGCGGGAGGCGUGUUUCUCAUAAUUGACCAGAGAAUUCAUCAAUGGCGGGGAAAGGGGUAAAGGGGUCAUAUGCCGUUGCUAAAAACAUUAUAGCCCUUUUCACACAGACAUUCCGGAAAAUACACGGGAAAGGCAUCCUGGAUUUUUCGGGAAUCCUUAGAUUUUUUGUACAUUUACACUGCCAUGAUUAGCCGGCAUCUGAUGGUCCCGGAAAGACACGUGACCUGUUGAAAGUCCCGCUCUCUCUUCUACGCAGCGUCUGAAGUUUGCAUAUUAUUUAUUAUUUCUCUCUCCAGAAACCACUCGCGUGCAUUUUUGUUUAUGAUAAGAUUAUAAAGGAGCGCGUGACGGGCCGUUCUAAUGCUGGUGAAUGAUCUCAGCUUCUGAGUGGAUAUUUAACGAGCUCCCUGAUCUCUGCUUUAAUCCAGUUUUCAGACAUUUCUCAUUGCGAUUGUUUAUAUGCAUUUAAAACCUGCAUUUUGAGGAGCUGAACGAUAUAUCCUGUUGGUAUGACGCGCGGGAAUUUUCGUUUACUAUAGCUCAAAUGAGCACGUGACGCGAUAUUCUUUUAUGCUGCUGAAUGAUCUCUGUUUCAAUGCAGUAAAUGAUAAGCUAACUUACCUGAUAUCUGCUUCAGUUCAGUUUGCUGACAUUUCUCGUUGUGAAUGUUGUAAAUCCCUCAUUUUAAAGUUGAACCAACUUCAUCUCACUACGGCACGUGCAUCAUUGUUUAUGCGUCUCAUUUAUAAUUUCCUGAUAACUGCUUCAAAAUAGUUUGCAACGUUUCUCGUGGUGAAUGUUUAUAUGCAUGUUAUCUCUCGUUUUAAGGAGCUGAACCAUAACUUUUGUUGUGAUGACAGACGCUUGUCUGGCAAUUUAACGGGUAUUUUCUGGGACCAAAGGUCUGUGUGAAUGGGGUUAGUUUCAGGGCUUUUCACACUUGAAAUAGUUAAAGGCGCUCUAAGCGAAUUCACGCGUUUAGGCCAAAAAACAUUUUUUGUUACAUACAGCAAACAUCUCCUCACUAUCUGCUAGCUGCCUGUCCCCUGAGCAAACUGUAAAAAAACGAUCUCUGUAAACAGCCCAGGCUCCACAAACGGCACCAAAAACAAAGUGGUGCAGCCUACAACCACGAAACAUAACAAACGUGUUCCAGCCAAUAAACGGCAAGAAGGAUUUGGGGGGUUAGUGCACGUGAGGAAGCAUGGGAAGGAGAGAGGGAGGGGCAAGGGCAAGAAAGAGGGAGGGGAAGGAGUUAGCUACGCUCCGUUUUGUUUGACAAUACUUUGAAUGUCAACAAGAAGUGAUGUCACACAGAUUCGCUUAGAGCGCCUUUUACCCUGGUUUAACGGAAUCCUAGGUUCUAUGUUUCACUUUUCACACUGUUCAUACUUAACCAGGAAAAAAGGGAUGACCCAAGGUAUUAUAAUCGUUAACGUUUUCAUUUGCAUAUUUACGAUGUCAACAGUCAUGAUUGGAUAAAAAGCGAUGUCAAACUGACUAAAAUAGCACGCUGUCGCUUUAAAUAACCACUUGUGUCGCGCUUCCGCGUCAUUGACCAAACAGGUCGCAACGUAAAUCUCUUUUGUCUGUUUUAAGCCUCCUGGAAUGUCUUUUUACAUUUCAGGUGUUUUCAGCACACAGAUCGUGAUAUGAGCAAGGUUUCAGCUGUAAGUAGAAAGUAGCGGGUCAUCUGGGUAUUUAUUGCCUGCUAUGAAUUCAAACACACUACUCACCUAUCAAUUAUGGAAGUAGGUGAUUUCGGACGCAGCAGCGUAUGAAUUUAUUCAUCUGCACUUGUUUGAUGUAAUUGACAUUCACAGUCAGCUCAGUAGGUUAAAAAUUUUAGUUUUUACUAUUCGAACAAAAAUGGUUUGUGAAGAAUUUUGUUCAAAGACAAGGUCAACAAUGUCAUUUUUAAUUUAAUUGAUGCACAAAUAGUUUUAUUCAAGGAAAAUAUUUAUUUAUUUACCAUAAGUGUAUAAUUUUGUUUAUUUAUUGGUUUAAAUUAUAUUUCUUUUAUAUCAGUUUCAGAAAUCCCUAAGCAUGAAUAUUGAAGGAAUGACCAUGGCUGGUUUUAGCAGAUUUUUUGCAGGACACUGAUAAACUACACAAUAUAUGAUCGUAGUUUGUUUCAUUGUGUCUACAUUAUAGCAGUAUUUGAAGUAAUUGUCUUUUUAGUACAAACUUUACUUCACAUAAAUUCAGCUUGUUAUACUUCACAAACCUCAGCUCUUUUUUACCAUGUGCAAUUUAUGUUUGUUGCAGAGAUGGGUGCAACUAAAUUUGAUAGGUUGAAAUUUGAUUAAUCGACUAUCAUAGAUACAGAAACAUUGGUUUAACCAGAACUGUUUUCUGGCUGACCACUGACAGACCAGAGGAGUGUUUGGAAAAUCUGAAUCUGAUUAUAAUGGGUGCUUGCAUAGCAACCGCCUAGGAACCUCCCAAAAGAAAAAACCCUGCCAAGUACUAUAAUUUGUCUAAGUAACUACUUAGCAACUCUUUCUUUGUCACAGCAGACACUAUGAAUGCCAGAAGAAAGCAGGUGGUUCCUCAUGUUUGUAUAGCAGUGUAAUAUGAUGGAUAUGAGCAUUAUAGCUGUGCAGGAUGAGCUGAUUCAGGUGUCUGGUUUGCAGUUGUGGAGUAAUGCAAUACAACAACAUGAAAUAUUCAGCACCUGUUGGUGCUUGUGAACAGACUGAUGAAUAAAUAUCUUCAAUCAUUUAUGUUUUCCCCUGCUGUUCUUAGGAAAGUGAGUUUUUUUUCCCAAUCCAGGUUUGUAAUGAGUAAUAACUCACUCUGUCAUACUCUACGUAACACAUCAGACCUUUAUAAUGGUAUGAUGACAGCCAGGUUGUUUUCAAACUUAGCAAAUGUGACAUGUGGAGUGCUGGUAGUUUACUUCUUAGCCAGACACUUCCAUGUAUGCUGUAAACUGCCAUUUUGUAAAGACAUCACAUUCUGUAAUGAUGCAUUAAAGCAUGAAUAUAAAGCAUACAACAGUUGUAGAUGAUACUCAUUUGAUUGUCAUAUGACCUGAAACCAACUGAUCCCCAGAAAUGAUGAGAGAGAGUUUCAUGACAGAUAAUAGGAUGGUAGUAUGCUAUUAUGAUGACAAACAUUCAUGUGUUACAUUUCUUUGAUCUCUUCCCCAUUAAAUCCUUUUCCAGUAAGACUUGGGGAUAUCACAUUCAUCGCUCUGACUCACUAUUAUGUUGGUAGGAAAAUAUUCACAUUGUAAAAAGUGAUUCAAAAGAGACCCCUCUUAUGCAUUAUGUGCUUAUACAUGUGUAUGUUUUGUAUGACACACCUGGAUUGCAUGUUUAGACCAUCAUCAUACUUGUACAUAAACCCUGUAUAUAUGCAUUGUUUUUUUUUAAAGAUAAACGAAAGGCUUCAGAGCUCAAAAUACUGGAAUAAAAUAGCCUUUUUCAGUGUA